UGAUACUCUGCUGGAAAUAACCUGCGUAUUUUAUCAAGACCUUCUGCCAUGUUCUGCUGCAGAGUGUUUACUGAGAGUGUUUACUGAAGAGUGGAGGGAUGGGUGUGGCAGACUACAGGGAACUAUAGGAUGUGGUUGUAGUCAUCUAACAUUAAUGCUGGACGUAAGAGGCUGGAGCUGACUAUAAGGUUACUGCAGCAGUGGGAUUAUAGAGCAGGACAGCGGUGGUUUGGAGGCUGUACAGAGUCAGUUAUGCAGGGUAUGAGUUUGUAUUGUUCUCACUGUAAGACUUGCUCUUAGCUGGAUAUGGGUAGUGCAGCCUCAGUGAAAAGCAGUACAGGAGACACCAGCACACUUCACUGGGAGUUUCUUCAGAGCAAUAAAGUUAGACCCACAGCCCCCACACUGACUCAAGAUGUGAUUGGGGUCGACAUCCAGGGGAAAGGAACUCUCAGGAUCUGCAUGUUUGAGGACAGAAUCAAUAUCUGCAAGUACUAUGACGCUCGGACAGGCCUGUGGCUCCCGAUGCCUCUUAACUGGGAGAUGAAAAUUGAUUUUGUUCGACACAGAAUCCAACAAGUCAUAAAAGCUCUCCCAGGCCUGGUGGAUCAGAAAGAGAUCGCUGCAGCUCUCAGACAGUGUAACUAUGACCCUGAUGAGGUCAUCUCCAUCUACCUCACCAUAUUCGGAGACAUCCUCUCUGAGCCACAUAAACCAACACACUCUUAUCCUGAUUCAAACUCAUUCAGAACUCAUUCUGAAAAGGAGAGGGUCAUUGAAGAGCUCCAGAAGAAGCUCCAGUCUAAAGAAAAGGAGGCUGAGGAUGUCCUGCAGAAAAACAGCUCUCUGUCUCAGGAGUCUCAGCAUUUAUCUGAUGUGGUGCAGAAUCUGACCAGCAGAGUGGUCAAGCUGGAGGCAGAUAAGCGUGUUGCCAAGGAGAAGCUUCGAUCUCUUCUGAGCCAUCCCAUUGACCCUAAUGCCAAAGCUAACCUCACAGUUUCAGUGAAUCCUCAGCACCUUCAGCAGGUCAGAGGUUUAACUCAAGGUCUGAGACUCUCCAGUAAAAAGCUGCGCUCCAUGGUGUACGACACACUCGCUGACAUGCAGAAGCAGCUACAGCAGUUCAGAGCUGAGACUCAGCUUAUGAUUCAGAGACACCAACAAGAACACAGAGCUGUGCAGGAGCUUCAAGCCCUCUACCACAAGGAAGCCUCUGAGAGGAGGGCACUGCAUAACAAGCUUCUGGAGCUGCAGGGGAAGAUCCGUGUGUUCUGCCGCUGUGGACGGCAGUCAGACUCAGCAGGAUCCACAGGCUGCCUGGAGGUCCCUUUGGACCAGGAGCUACUGCUGCUCCAGAAGGGAGGCAAGAGGAAGUUCAUCUUUGACAAAGUAUUUUCCUCAAAUGCUUCUCAGGCAAGAAAACCCUUGAAACGUACUGUUAACUUUCAAUUCAUAAAAUCUAUAUGAUAAAAGUAAGCUGCAUAAUAGGCUGAUUUUAUCUUUAAUCAGGCUGUGAUAUCAAGACUAUAAAGACAUUUAGGUGUUGUUACUGCAGACAGUGUGUAGUAGACUGUGGAUGAUGCUGUUUCUGACAGCUGGAGAAGAACCA